AUGCAGAUGAGCGAUGGAUUGUUACGGGUAUUUUGGCCAUACGACCUCCCCCGGUCGUCGUCGCCGGGUGUGAUUGUCGGAUGGCGGAAUUCAGAGCUGGAUCUGUUUGUGUUGGCUGUGCUGGAGGAUGUCGAGCCUCGAAAUGUUGACAAUGCCCUCCGCGCGGGAAUUUUAUUCCGCCACAGCCCUCAUCCCGUUCCGCGCAUAUUUGGUCUUUGCGGUCGUUCAUCGAUGCAUGUUCUAGGGUCGACUAACCUGCGCGAACCGCCGACGGCCUUCAAUCCGUCGCAUUUGAUUGUAACUACUCGCUCGUCAGGCAAGAUUCCGAGAAUAUAUUGUCCACCGGAGACGGGCCUUUCGGUUCAGGUUAUUAUGUUCCAUCGUCCGGAUCCAACGAGGAUGGAGUAUAUGUCGCUGAAUCCUAUUUCGCUUGCUUUGGAGGACAAGGUGCCUGCUGCGGAUAAGUCGGACUCGGUUUCGGAUACGAUAGAAACAGGAGAGGUGAUACAAAAGGCUCGCGCGCAAAAAUUGGUGGAUAAGCUGCGACUUCAUACGGUUGUCAAGCAUGUUGCAUCGCAUAAAGAGUUGGCGCUUCCGUUUAUCGUUAACCAGGUUAAUUGCGCAUAUGAGAUGGGGAAGUUGAUAGAAAAGAACAGCAGUUUGAUUGGACUUCGCGUGAAGAGGAGUAUGAGUGUUUCGGAACGGGUGGUUGAGUCGGCGACAACAAUGUGGGACAUGUUCGUUCUCGGGGUGUCUUACGUCUUUUGGCAGUGGAUAUGGCCUGUUAUUACCCGAGUGUUUGUGAUCGGGCUGGUGUUUCAUCGCGCGAUUGCAGACUUUGUUCUGCAAGUUCUGGAAUGGCGUGCCCGACCUGACGCCGCGGCAUUGAAGGAUAUCUCUGCGACAGCUCAGCAAGUGGACAUUCGCCUGCAACAAUUCUGUUAUUGGCCCACGCAGUACGUCAAAUUACGGCAAAGGAAGGACGAUUGGGAGAGUGUCACGACAUACCACGCGCACUAUAUCCGGUUUUAUAACAGCCUGUGGCUAGUUGCGAACGAUGUGAUUAUUGGGAUUGCUAUGGGGUCGUACAUCAUUGAUAACGCCAACUGGGUAGCUUAUCAGAUCAACUUCGUUCUCAGUGGUUGGACUGUCGAAGGUCUGCAACGGACGAUUUCCUGGUUGAUGGACUGGCCGGCCGGUCUAAAGUUGAAUAAUGAACUUGCUGCAUUCCUGGGUGAUCUCUUCUUGUGGGUUAUUGAAAACUGGGCAGCAUGCAUCACGAACCUCCAACCAUACCUCCCUCAUAUCAUCUACGUUAUCGGCUGCUCAAGCUUCGCCGGCGCCAGCAUGCCAAUAGCGCUCUUUUCAGACCUCAUAUCUAUACUAACAGUACACAUAUACUCGUUUUACAUUGCAUCAGCGCGGAUAUUCAAUUGGCAACUCACCAUCAUCAUUUCGCUCUUCCACUUGUUUCGCGGAAAGAAGCGGAACGUCCUCCGCAACCGUAUAGACUCUUGCGAUUAUGACCUCGACCAGCUUCUUCUCGGGACCAUCCUUUUCACUGUGCUUUUCUUCCUUCUGCCUACGGUCAUUGUGUUUUAUCUGGCGUUUACCUCUGCGCGGAUGUUGAUCAUCACGCUGAAGGCAGGCCUUGACACCUGGCUGGCUUUCUUAAACCACUUUCCUCUUUUUGCGUUGAUGUUACGAGUGAAGGAUUCGAGGAGGUUGCCAGGCGGAAUCCGAUUCGAACUCCGCGAAGAACACGAUAACUCGCUCAGUAAUUCCUUGGAUCCGACUAUACACUAUAUCCAUCUCGAGUCCAUUCCUCUAACCCUUCGGGCCAUGUUUGACCAAUACUUCCAACUCGGCCACCGCCUCCGAAAACACUACCUCUCUCCCCAAGUCAUCUUCUGCCUCUUCACUGGCCGCUUCGUGCCGCCAAUUCACCGCCGCAGCCUCUACAGCAUGCAGUACAGCAUGCUUCCGGAUGUCCGGCCAUCUCUAGCACAGGUGUGGAGCGAGCUAACCCAACCGAGAAAAUCAGGUGGUGGAAGUGGUGGUUCAAGUUCCGGGAUUGGCACUGGGGCGAAUGGGGUCAUGAAAGGAGGGUUUGGCGAGGCCAGGAGAAGGGGUUAUCGGUAA